GUAUAUCUGCAUUUGUAGAAGUUUGGUCAUCUAACAGAACAGAAAAUUACUCGAAAACCUUUGAACAGCAACUUCUUGAUAUGGGAGCAAAAGUUUCAAAAACUUUGAACAAGCAUGUGACCCAUGUAGUCUUCAAAGACGGACGUUUGACUACAUGGAGAAAAGCACAGAAGAUGGGUGUAAAACUAGUUUCUGUACUCUGGGUGGAGAGGUGUCGAGAAAGUGGGGAACAUGUUGAUGAAUCCUUAUUUCCUGCAGUAGACACUAAUGAAGGAUUACCACUACUGAUCAGAAAACACAAAUGUAUGCAGCCAAAAGACUUUGUUGAAAAAACUCCAGAAAAAGAUAAAAAGCUGCAGAGAAGACUGGACCAGAUGGCUAAAGAAUUAGCUGUACAAAAGAUAGCAAUUAAUGCUGAAACUGAUACACCAGCUUUACUAUUUGAAGACAAUGGUUCACUUGUCUACAGCCCUGUUAAUAGGAUAAAAGGUCAAUGCAGUGAAAUGGAAAGAAAAAUAAAGGAGAUGAAGGAAAAAAGAGAAAAUCUUUCUCCUACUGCUUCACAAAUGUCUCACACGCCUCCAAGCAGCUCACCAGGAGAGUGCCCACUGUCUACUUGUGUCGUGACUAGUUCGGAAGAUGCCUUGUUACCAGGAGAAAAAUUGGAAGACUGCUUGAACUCAAGUUAUGAUCAUCUUUGGGGUACUGAUAAAUUAAAGAGACAGAAAACAGAGGUAGGAAAAAAUGCCGGUGAUACUUCGAAUGAUAUUCCUGUAUCCAUGAGUGCAUCAGUGAAUGAGCAGAAGAGCUUAACACCAAAACAAUAUAGCAGAAGAAGUCUAGGUGAUGAAAAUGAAGUUUCAGAGUGUCAUGUUACUGAUGGCUCUUACAAAGUUUUUAAUGAACCAAAGAAUAAGCACAAUGGGGGGUUAAGAAAAAAUAGAAGACUCCAAAAGCCGUCAAGGACACUGGUUAUGACAAGUAUGUCUUCUGAGAAACAAAAUACAGUAAUUCAGGUGGUGAAUAAACUUGGAGACUUUUUGUUCUCAGAUGAAGUGUGUGAAACAACAAGUCAUGUAGUUACAGGGAGUCCUCGCCGUACCUUGAAUGUUAUGCUGGGAAUUGCUCGUGGGUGUUGGAUUGUUUCUUAUGAAUGGGUUCUGUGGUCUUUGGAAUUGGGACAUUGGAUCUCAGAGGAACCAUAUGAGCUUUCAUCCAACUUCCCUGCAGCUCCUUUUGGCCAAAUGACUGUUAUACCAGGUUGA